CACUUUACUAUCCAUUAUACCGUUUCACCAGAAGCACCAUGGCUAUCUGCUGCAGAGCUUCGUUGGUCGCGUUUAUCUUUCUGGUCAUGGCCGGUACGGAAUCCUUAGCCCAGUUUCACGGUUCGCUAGCGCCGGACAACAGUUUCAACCUAGGCGGAAGUCAUCGUAUUGCUGGGAACAAUAACGAAAAUUUGCAAGCUAGCUUGGGCCUGGGUGGCAACACCAAUGGAGGUCCAGUUACAGGUGACUGGAAUGUCGAUUAUAACAGAGGACUCAACAGCGCCGGAAUAUUCGGUUCACACACGGUUCCUGGUCCGCAAAACACCGUCGGUGCUCGCGGUAACCUGAACCUGUUCAACGGUCAAAAGGAUCGACUGGACGUGAGCGCGUUCGGUAGCCAGUCAACAAACAACAUCAAGCAGUUCGGCACGGGACUGCACUUCAACGGCCAUAGCGCCUCGGUCACGAAAACCAACCAACCGGGAGUUGCAUCGCAAACUCGCUUCGAUGGAAGCGCGAACCUGUUCAAAUCCAGCACGAACCAGUUUGGCGCAAACGCGUUCAAAAGCCAAACCAAGUGGGCUGAUGGGCCAUCGGUCGGAAGUCACGGGGCUGGACUGAACUGGAACCACGCGAGGGGACAUGGCGCUUCGGUUGCAUUCGAGAGAACGCCAGCGUUGAAGCAGACAAACCUAUCUGCUACCGGAAGAGCCAAUAUCUGGCAGUCGAGAGACCGGCAAACUUCGCUGGAUGCGUUCGGAUCGGCCAGUAGGACCUGGGUGGGUCCAAUGAGGGGCAAGACCAACUAUAACGCUGGGUUCGGAUUGAGUCACCGAUUUUAGAAAUAGUCUUGAGGGGAUUGCAAUUAGAUUGAUUUAGUUUUCUCAAAUGAUUGAUAUUCUGAAAUAAACGCAACUAAUAAACACCUAA